ACAAACCUUCCCAACAUGUGUGCGCGGAAUUUUCUCUUUCAGUUUAAGCUCCAGAAAAGAUGAAUAGGUACAAAGCUUUCGACCUCCUGAAGCCAGCUAGUGUGGCUGUGGCUCGUGAAGGAGAUGUCAGGAGUGUUAAAGGACUUCGUCAGGUGGUGCAGCAGGUGGUGGAAGGGGAGAGGAAGGAGAAAGAGGCGGAUGGCUGGACGAGCUGCAUAAAUGACCUCAAGGAAUACCUUGUGUUUCCUCUUCUGCUUCACCUUAAGAGCGGCAAGAACAUGACUUGGAGUCUGCAAGAAGAAAUAGUCGAGUGCCUAAGAGAUGUCCUGAGAUUUUCUAUCAUAGAGGAAUUCCAGUUUUUCCAAGAGAUUUUCACACAGUUAUUUCUCAUCCUCACUGACCGUGGAAAUCCACAGAAAGUUGGGAAUGUGAGUGAGGAUUGUAAGCAGGCUGCUUUAGCAACAGUAUCAAUUAUAGUAGACAACACUUCAAAUGAUGUUAAAGAUAAAAUAUAUGGAGACGUCUUUAGACCCCAGCUAGGUCAUGCUGUUUUUAUUUGCCUAAAGCUGGCACAGGAAGAAAAGAAUCGCAGUUUAAGAAUUGAAGCCAUAGAGACCUUGUCCGCACUUGGCCAGAAAAAGAACUUUGAAAUGUUUCUCAAAGACCAACAGAUGGCCAUCAGUCAGACCUUUUCGAACUUUCUUCCCGGCAUCGUAAUGGCCCUUGCCAAAAUAGCCACUGGGGAUGAAAAGCAAGGUCAUAAGCUUACUGUGGCUGCAAUUACAACUUGGAUUCACUUUGUGAUUGUGGUUAUGAGGGACUGUUUCCUUGAAGAGCAAUCUUCUUCGUUCGGAGACAACAAAACUGUGAUGGAGCUGAAAUCACGUCUUUUUGAGGAAGGAAACAAAUCAAAGAAAAGGGAGACUGAAAGAAAAAAGAAUUCAAAAUUUGAUCUUCCUGAACCAGAUGAGGAGACCAAUUCACAGAAAUUACCAAAUAUUGAGAUAAGUAACGACUGGAUUCAAGGAACAGCAGACAAAUUAAUGAUCCUGGUCCAGUCGAUGGCCAAGCUGGUGACGCACGCACACUGGAAAGUGAGAUUGAGUCUUGUAGACUGGGCUCAGCAGAUCAUAUGCAAGUGCUCAAGAUCACUUGAAGGCAGUUUAGUCAUGGCUAUAGAAGUGAUAGUGACACUGAGGAGUGAUGAUGAGGUUGAAGUUGGUUCAGCAGCUCAGGAGGCUCUGGUAACAAUCACACAGGUUCUUCAUAUUGGCAAGAACCAACUCCAAGGCAAGCAGCAAGGGUUGAUGGAGCUCCUGGAAGAAAAAGUUCAUACCCUCUCUUCGCAGUUGCCAACCAUAUUUCGACAGGAAGAUGAUGUGAAGUCGCUAACAGCUUUAAGGCAGUUACUUGGAUGCUUAGAGGUCCUCGGAGAAAGACUCAGUCACCUGGUAAUGUGGCCAAGUCACUCACAGCGUCUUUUUCGAGCUCUCACCUCCAUGCUCACUCUCGACACAAGGGAAUCAGACCUUCUGCUUGAGAAAACAAAUACUCAUGAUCCCUUCGAGGUGCUGAUUCUCAAGCCAACCCUAGGACAGUCCUUCAGGUAUUUCACCGACAGACGCAUUUUUGAGACUCUCACUUCCACCUGUCGACUGAUUGGUUGCCAUAGCGACGUGAAGGCUGUAACUGACCUGUGCCUUGACCUUCUGCAGGAAACAACACAACACCAGAAGGAAGUCCUCCUUUUGCUUACACUGAUCAUCCAAGGAAGAGAUAGAAGAAAAUGGAAAGAGAAAGACAAGCAGAUUGUCCAGCCAGAAGAGAAUGAAAAUGUUGUGCAAAAUGUGAUAGACCUCAUAGCGUGUCAAGAAAUUUUUGAUGCAGCACUGUAUGUCCACUCGCAAGGCAAAACUAGUGCUAAUGAUGGAGAUACCAUAAAGGACUUUCUUGUCCCAGUUAAUACACACAGGAAUAUAUCAGUGGAUUUGGUGAAGAACAAUGUUGUGCUUGUAGCCAAUGCCUUGAAUUUGAUCAGUGCUUGUGCCCAUAUGGUUGGUCUAGAUUUUGUAAUGUUCCUAAACAAAGUUUUAUGUCUAGUGAUGGAAAAAGCUGGAGAAUCUAAUGUACUGGUUGGGCACACAGCUAGUAAUACAUUAAAGGAGAUUGCCAAAGCUUGUGAGUUUGGUAGCAUAUCAGAGUUAAUAGAGAAGAGCGUCCCCCACUUCUGGUAUCCUCUUUCAAUGAGGCUCAAGAGAUUGCCACAGUAUCCUUCUGCACCCUUAGUUCUCCAAGUGUGUUUGGAAUAUGCCAAUGUAGACUUAAUGGCUUUCACUGAAGAGUUGGUGGAAGAUGUGUUGCUUUCCUGUGAUAUGCACCAUAGCACACAAGCUUUGCCUUUGCUUAAAGUGCUGUUGGUCUAUGUGAUGGCUGUUAAAAAGUAUGAGGCAAAACAACAUGCUGUGGAUGAAAAAGAAAAACAAGAAGAUCAUAGUGGUUGUGCUGAAAAGAUGGAUGUUCAACAAGAAUUUCCUGAAUCUGGCGAUAAGAAGGGCGAGGUAGCCAAUUUUUUGUUAAAUUAUCAUAGAACAAAAAUGAAAGUUCAGGAAGGAUUGGAAGCUGAUACUGAUGAGGUUAUGCAAGAGGAUGUUGGUGAAGCAUUCAAGAAACUAGGACAUCAAGAGGAACAGAUGGAAGACGAUCAUACUGUUAAUGAUGAAAAGAAAAAAAUUCCCAGGUACAUCGAAUUAGUAGUCCGUAUUAUGGAAACAUGUUCAUUUAUGUUGUACACAAAAGACAGACAAAUCAAACUUUUAAUAUUAGAAAUUACCAGAGUAGGAUCAGAAGCCCUGACCCAUUGGGAGGAUGAAAGAUUACCAGUGUUGCAUAAGCUCUGGAAACCAUUAGUGUUGCGGCUAAAGGACUCAGACUUUGUGGUCUUAAUGCGGGCCUUUCUGGUUCUGUCGACCAUGAUGAUAACAAGUAGUGAGUUCCUGCAAAAGCGAACUAUCAAGGAGGUUUUCCCACCUCUUUACUCCUUCUUAAAAAAUCAGAGUUAUGUCAGCCUUGGCAAGUCACGGAGGAGUGGUUAUUAUAUGACUAUGGCAUAUAAAGCCCAGUAUGCCAUUCUUGACAGACUAGGGAUGUUUGUAAAUACCUUAAAUCUCAGGGUGUUCAAUAUCUCUGAACUCUUAAAUGUCAUAGUGCUCUAUUUAGAAACAAAACAACCCCCAGAACUGUCUGGUUUAAGUCUGGAAAUAGUUAAGAAAAUUGCUUUGAAACAUCCAAAUACUGUGUGGCUGCUGCUCGCAUAUCAGCAGCCCCCUAUGAGAAUCAUUCCCCCGGUGCCAAGCUUACCAUCUGUUAAGAUUUCUGGAUCUGCAUCAAGAACAUUAAUCACUGGAGCAACAAAUUUGUACAAGCAGCUGUCAUAGAUAUGUAUAAAUAAAGAUUUUAAUUCUAG